AGCAAGUGUUUACUUAUUACUUCAGAAUAAAGAAUUCAAGAAUUGAUGUUCUUGGUUGAUCAGAGAACAUAAUGGUAUUAACAAAUUUACCAUUUGAAAGGAACUCUCUGUUACAGAGCCGUUAUCAUUUAAUACAGAGACCAGAUAGUGCCCCCAUUGUUACUAAGUCCAUUAGACAAAGUGGUGAACAUGUGGAAAAUGAAAAAGGCAAACAGGCCAAAAACUAUGCAUCUUUUCUUAAGGAACAAGAAAGAAAAGUGUGUCCUGAUGGUUUUGUUGACUCUGGUCGCUAUAGUUACACCUAUCAAAGAAAGAAGGAUAACCCAUUACGCUCAUCUAGUUCUCCCAGAAUUGAUCUCAUAACUUUCCAUAGAAAUGCAGAGGAAGAUGGUACCAAACAUGAAAAAUGUCUGAAAGUUAUAGAGGAUUUAAUGUGGCAACAUAAACAACAAGAAAGAGAAUUAAAGAGGACUGAAGGAGACAUUGUUAAAAACCAACAAGCUGUACGUCAUACAUUAAGAGAUUAUGAAAAUGCUAUCAAUAAAAAGAAAAUGGCUGAAUCAAAGAAGUUAUCUCAUUCUUUAGAGAAGUAUACUAUAUUACAACAAGAUCAUAUUCAUAAUAAAGAACAGCUUAUAUUAGAACAGUUUAUGAUUUGUGGAAAGGUAUCUUUUACUCUUAUAUUAGAACAGUUUAUAAUUUCUGGAAAGACAACCUUAGCUAGAAUCCAAAAAUCACAAAGUACAAACCUUUCUAUAAAAGAUGAUGGUAGAAAAGUAGAUUUAACAAAGACAGAUUUAGCACGUAAAUACAGAAGUAAACUAUCUGAGAUAGAACUUAAAAGAACAGAAGUCAACAGAUUGAAUGAAGAAUAUGAAAAUAAAUUGAAGUUGAAAGAGAAUGAAGAGUUCCGAUUGAAGCAGGAAGCAGCUGCUCUAGCUCUAUCAUUAAAUAUGGAGACUGUAAAAGGGAAAACUAAACAGAUUGAAACUGCAAGGAAGAAAAAAGAAGAUGAGAAAAAAAGAAUCGAAGAUGAUUUAAAUAAUGAUAUGGAAUUCUCUUCUAAACUGGCGAAAAGUGAUGGUGAUAUCAAAACAACAGAAUCUUAUAAUAGAAAGUUGAGUGCUGAUUUAAGUCGUACUAAACAUCACUUAGAUAUUAAAAAACGUGAUGAGCAGCGUCGUUUAACUGAUACUAAAAUGAGACUAGCUAAUAAUACUAAUACUCAACGUUUAUUGAAUGAGGAGGCCAUCAAUGUAGAAAUGGAUAAAAAAGUCCGAGAAAUGAAUCAAAGAGUUCAGGAACAUAAUGAUAGAAGAAUUAACCAGCUACAGUCUAAUCUAAAAGAGAAGAAAGUAAAAAGAGAGAAUCAACAAUCUAUAUUAGAAGCCAGGUUUAAGAAACGUUUAAAUGAACAGCAGAGAAGAGAACAUGAAGAUUCACUCAAAUUUUUUCAGAAAAUGGUGAAUAAGGAUGAUGAUAUAGAACAAGAUCUGUACAGUAAAGUAAGAGCAACUGAAUAUGAUAGACAACAACAAGAACAACAAGUUAGACGUUUAGAGCUUAAUCUAGCUGAAAUGAAACGUAAAAAUGCUGCUAAGUUGAAACAAGAAAUAAAUGAAAGAAAUACAGCAGAGUUACAAUUAGAACAGAAAAUAUUAAGAGAUAAGGCGGAGUUAGAAAAGUUACAUACUAAAAGAGAAGAGAGUUAUCUAAGAUUACAACAGCAUCGUCAACUGUCCAAGGAAGAUAAAUAUUUAUUGAGAGAACAUGAGAGAGAACAUACCAGACUUAUGAGAAUUGGUGCCAAGACAGAAACUGUUAGUUAA